AUGGCCGACACAACACAACCACCCCCGGAGCAGCCGCCGGCUGAGGGCGCCGAGGGCGGCGAUCAGGGCCCGUCGAAGAAGGCGCUCAAGAAGGCCGAGGCCAAGGCCAAGAAGGAGGCAGAGAAAGCCAAGCGGGCUGCAGAGCUCGCUGCCCAACAAGCAGCAAAGCUCGCCGCCGAUGCGGAGGACCUGGCUGUCGACAACUACGGAAGCAAGGAGCACGUGGUGCUGGAGGCGCCCAAGGUCGAGCUCAAGGCGUACGACGAGUCGCUGCUCGGCAAGACGGUCAAGCUGCGCGCGUGGAUUCAGCAGAGCCGUAUGCAGGGCGCCAAGAUGUGCUUCGUGGAGCUGCGGGAGGUCGGCGACUGGAGUAUCCAGGGCGUCAUCGCCGCGUCCAAGGAGGGCACACCUGUCAGCAAGCAAAUGGUGAAGUGGGUGGGCGCCAUCAGCCUAGAGUCGUACGUGCUGGUUGAGGCCACCGUCGCUAAGCCACUCGAGCCCGUCAAGAGCUGCAAGGUUUCUGAGCUCGAGCUCCAUAUCACCAAGUUCUACUGCAUCGCGCCGGGACCACCCAUGCUGGGCAUGACUCUUGCAGCUGCCAACAAUGCUAUCAGCAGCUUCAAGGACAAGGACACCACCGACGAGGCCGCACAGAAGGUAGAAGAGCUGAGCAUCGCGGAGAAUGAGAUUGCAAAGAAGGCCAGUCUGGAGACGCAUCUCGACAAUAUCGUUAUGCAUAAGCGGGCACCUAUCCAGCAGGCUAUCGCAAACGUGCGAGAGACAACCCGUGAGCUAUUCUCAGAGUAUCUGAGGAAGCACGGCUUCCACUUGUUCGAGCCCCCUUGCUUGAUCGGUGCUGCGUCAGAGGGAGGUGCCAAUGUGUUUGGCCUGCCUUAUUUCACAAAGGACGCUUUCUUGGCGCAAUCACCACAGUUCUACAAGCAAUUCGAAAUCGCCGACAUAUGA